AUGAUGGACGACGAGGACCAGCCCUCCGUCUCGGGCGCCGCUGGCGGCCAGGGGCAGAGGCAGCCGCAGGCCAGCCCUGCCGGUGCGCCCCCGGGCUGCAUCCGCAGGAGCCUCCCCCAGCAUUCCGAGGGCGAGGGGGGCCGGGGCGGCGGCGAGGUCUCCGCGCCGACGCCAGCGGGUGCCGCCGUGGGCGGCGGGAGCGCCCCGGGCGGCGAGAGGCGGGCGAGGGCACCGACGGGCCACAUCCCCGCGAGUCUCUUCCAGGGCGCCGGGGGCAGCGAGGACGACAGCGACGAGGGGAGCCCAGGCGAGUCCCCGCUGUGGGGGGGCGAUGUCGGAGAGGUGCUGGCCGGUCGGAGGGCGAGUUGCCGCAAGAGCAUGGUCGAGUACUCUUCGGGGGACGAGGAGGACGAGGACGACGACGGAGGCGCAGCACUGAGAGCGGGCGGCGGAGGGCCCGGGAGGUCUGUCCACGGCGUUGGCGUCGGAGCAGGUGCCUACCCUGAGGGCGAAGGCGCCUCAGCUCAUCGCGGGGGGCGAGGGGCGCUCGCAGGGUCUGUUCCCAAGGACUUCUUCGAUGACACCGAGGACGACGAGGUCGAGGACGGUGCAGCAACGCGGAACGACCAAGGGCUCUCGACCAAGGCCGUCCGCUUCGGACCAAGAGAGAGCGUGGAAGCAGCAUGCCCCCCUCCAGGCCGGGAGCUCCACAGGUCCCAGUCGAGGGUGCAGGGCAGAAAGUCCACGGGGUUCGUCGGUAAGAGCCGCCUCGAAGCCGAGGAGGACCAAGACAAGGAGAACGAAGACGAGGAUGAGGACGGUGCAGCAACGCGGAACGACCAAGGGCUCUCACCUAAGGCCGUCCGUUUCGGACCGAGAGAGAGCGUGGAAGCAGCAGGCCCCCCUCCAGGCCGGGAGUUCCACAGGUUCCCGUCAACGGCGCAGGGCAGAAAGCCUACGGGGUUCGUGGGCAAGAAACGCCUCGGUGAACCCGAGGAGGGCGAAGACGAUGAGUCCCAGUCGAGAGUGCAGAGCAGAAAGCCCACGGGAUUCGUCGGCAAGAGCCACUUCGGUGAGGCCGAGGAGGGCGGGGACGAGGACGAAGAUGAGGCUCCGAGGGGUGGCGGCCAGGAGCCGGCGGGGCCUCGCGCGGGGAGCUUCGAGGGCGGUGCCGGCCGGGAGAGCGACGCGGUGCCCGAGCGCCGGGGCGCGCCGCCGGCUUCUUCGGCACCGGCCGUGACGGUUGUCUCUCCAGACGGCAAGGGGCGGAGGAUGACGCUGAAGGGGGUGCAGAGCGACGACGGCAGCUCCCCGCAGCGCUCCCCGCGGGACGCGGGCGGGCGCGGCGACGAGCACGGGCCGACGAUUGUGGCGAAAGCGUUGGGCGGCACCUUGCGCAGCGGGGCCUGA